UUGGCGGGAAGUAGAACACUUCCUGUCUCCUCUGGCCCCCAUCCUCACCAUGUCUUCGACUCAGGGCAGUGGGGAACACUGGAAGUCCUUGGAGUCAGUGGGCAUCAGCCGCAAAGAGCUGGCCAUGGCUGAAGCCUUGCAGAUGGAGUAUGAUGCCCUGUCCCGGCUCCGGCGGGACAAGGAGGAAAGCAGAGCCAAGCAGAACACAGACCCCUCUCUCAUCAGCUGGGAUGAGCCCGUCCUCGACUUCUACAGCAAGCCUGCAGGAGGGCAGAAGGACCUCAAGCUCUUGCGCGGGCUUUCUGGCUCCGAUCCUACCCUCAAUUACAACUCGCUGUCCCCACAGGAAGGGCUGCCCAACCACUCUACCUCCCAGGGCUGCCAGCCUGGCCCAGAUCCCUGGCCCAAAGGCUCCUUGGCUGGAGACUGUCUCUACAUUUUUGAUGGCUCAGAUGGGGGACCCUCGUUGUCUCCAGGAUCGGAGGAUAUAGAUGGCUCUUCCAAGAAGCUGUCCCCACCUCCUCUGCCUCCCCGAGUCUCUAUCUGGGAUACCCCUCCACUGCCUCCCAGAAAGGGGUCCCCUUCAUCUUCCAAGAUCUCCCAACCCAAUGACAUCAACACACUUUCUUUGGUUGAACAACCUCCAGGCAAACUGCUGGGGCAUCGGAUUCUGGAAGAGGAAGAGGAGCCAGGAGGUGGGGGUCCAGGGCGCCUACUCGGGUCUGUGGACUAUGAUGGUAUCAAUGAUGCAAUUACUCGGCUUAACUUGAAGUCAACCUAUGAUGCAGACACACUGUGGGAUGCCACCAGGGUCUGGAAGGAGGGCCGGGGGCACCUGGACUUCAGCAAGGACACUCCUGGAAAACCUGUGGCCCGAAGCAAGACUAUGCCCCCUCAGGUGCCCCCCCGCACCUACACCUCCUGCUAUGCCAAUCGAAACAAUGUUACACCUGGCAAGAACCGCCGGAUUUCUGCCGCUCCGAUGGGCUCCCGGCCCCACGCCGUCACCAAUGGCCAUGAGUUGUUUGAGGUCUCAGAGGAGAGAGAUGAGGAAGUUGCUGCGUUUUGCCACAUGCUGGAUAUCCUCCGAUCUGGCUGUGACAUCCAAGACUACACCCUCACUGGCUGUGUCUGGAGUGCAGUGACCCCAAGCCCAGAGCACCUUGGGGACGAGGUCAACCUGAAGGUGACUGUGUUGUGUGACAGCCUGAGGGAGCCGCUCACUUUUACCUGCAACUGCUCCUCCACUGUAGACCUGCUCAUCUACCAGACGCUGUGUUACACCCAUGACGAACUGAGGGACGUAGACGUGGGUGACUUUGUGCUGAAGCCCUGUGGGCUCGAGGAGUUCCUGCAGAACAAGCACGCCCUGGGCAGCCAUGAGCACAUUCAAUACUGCCGCAAGUUUGACAUUGACAUUCGCCUACAGCUGCUGGAGCAGAAAGCCGUGCGCAAUGACCUGGCCCGGACGGUGGGUGAUGGCCAGAGCCCCUCCACUAUGAACUACCUCAUCCAUCUGCAAGAGAGGCCAGUCAAACAGACCAUCAGCAGGCAGGCCCUGAGUCUUCUGUUUGACACUUACCACAACGAGGUGGAUGCCUUCCUGCUAGCUGAUGUGGACUUCCCCCUCAAGGCCGACAGGGUGGUGCAGUCUGUCAAAGCCAUCUGCAACGCCCUGGCUGCUGUGGAAACCCUUGAGAUCACCAGUGCCCUCAACCAGCUGCCCCCCUGCCCCUCCCGCAUGCAGCCAAAAAUUCAGAAGGAUCCCACCAUCUUGGCUGUGAGGGAAAACCGAGAGAAAAUCGUGGAAGCCCUGACCGCCGCCAUCCUGGACCUGGUAGAGCUGUACUGCAACACGUUCAACGCAGACUUCCAGACAGCAGUACCUGGGAGCCACAAGCACGAUCUGGUCCAGGAGGCCUGCCAUUUCUCUGGGCCCCUGGCCUUCACUGUCUAUGCCUCCCACCGCAUCCCCAUCACCUGGGUUACCAGCUAUGAAGAUUUCUACCUCUCCUGCUCCCUCAGCCAUGGCGGCAAGGAGCUGUGCAGCCCCCUGCAGACCCGGAGGGUUCACUUCUCCAAGUACCUCUCCCACCUCAUCAUCUGGGACCAGCAGAUCUGCUUCCCGGUGCAGGUAAACCGGCUGCCUCGGGAGACCCUUCUGUGCGCCACUCUCUAUGCUCUGCCCAUCCCCCCACCCGGGUGCUCCUCUGAGGCCAAUAAGCAGCGGAGGGUGCCUGAAGCCCUGGGCUGGGUCACUACCCCACUCUUCAACUUCAGGCAAGUCCUGACCUGUGGCCGGAAGCUUCUUGGCUUAUGGCCAGCAACGCAGGAAAACCCCAGUGCCCGCUGGAGUGCACCUAAUUUCCACCAGCCGGAUAGUGUCAUCCUACAGAUUGACUUCCCCACCUCGGCCUUUGACAUCAAGUUCACCAGCCCCCCUGGCGACAAGUUCAGCCCCCGAUACGAGUUUGGCAGCCUCGGAGAGGAAGACCAUCGUGUGCUUAAAAACAUCAUGCGGAAGGAGUCCCUGUACUGGCUCACUGAUGUGGACAAGAAGCGCCUGUGGGAGAAGCGAUACUAUUGCCACUCUGAGGUGAGCUCACUCCCCCUGGUGCUCGCUAGCGCCCCCAGCUGGGAGUGGGCUUGCCUGCCCGACAUCUAUGCACUCCUGAAGCAGUGGACCCACAUGAACCACCAAGAUGCCCUGGGGCUCCUGCAUGCCACCUUCCCGGACCAGGAGGUGCGCCGUAUGGCUGUCCAAUGGAUUGGUUCCCUGUCGGACGCCGAGCUGCUCGACUACUUGCCCCAGCUGGUGCAGGCCCUAAAGUAUGAGUGCUACCUGGACAGCCCCUUGGUGCGCUUCCUCCUGAAACGAGCUGUCUCUGACUUGAGAGUGACUCACUACUUCUUCUGGUUGCUGAAGGACGGCCUCAAGGACUCUCAGUUCAGCAUUCGUUACCAAUACCUGCUGGCAGCCUUGCUCUGCUGCUGUGGCAAGGGGCUGAGAGAGGAGUUCAACCGCCAGUGCUGGCUUGUCAACACCCUGGCCAAGCUGGCCCAGCAGGUCCGGGAGGCUGCCCCGUCUGCACGGCAGGGGAUCCUCCGCACAGGCCUGGAGGAGGUGAGGCAGUUCUUUGCCCUCAAUGGCUCCUGCCGCCUGCCACUCAGCCCCAGUCUGCUGGUGAAGGGCAUUGUGCCCAGGGACUGCUCCUACUUCAACUCCAACGCAGUCCCCCUCAAGCUGUCCUUCCAAAAUGUGGAUCCCCUGGGCGAGAACAUCCGUGUCAUCUUCAAGUGUGGGGACGACCUUCGCCAGGACAUGCUCACCCUGCAGAUGAUUCGAAUCAUGAGCAAGAUCUGGGUGCAGGAGGGGCUGGACAUGCGCAUGGUCAUUUUCCGCUGCUUCUCCACUGGCCGGGGGAGAGGGAUGGUGGAGAUGAUCCCUAAUGCAGAGACCCUGCGCAAGAUUCAGGGGGAGCAUGGGGUGACCGGCUCCUUCAAGGACCGGCCCCUGGCCGACUGGCUGCAGAAACACAACCCCGGAGAGGACGAGUACGAGAAGGCUGUGGAGAACUUCAUCUAUUCCUGUGCUGGCUGCUGUGUGGCCACAUAUGUCUUGGGCAUCUGUGACCGACACAAUGACAACAUUAUGCUGAAGACGACUGGCCACAUGUUCCAUAUAGAUUUUGGACGUUUCUUGGGCCAUGCCCAGAUGUUUGGCAACAUCAAGCGGGACCGUGCCCCCUUUGUCUUCACCUCGGACAUGGCGUAUGUCAUCAACGGGGGCGACAAGCCUUCCAGCCGCUUCCAUGAUUUUGUUGACCUUUGCUGCCAAGCCUACAACCUCAUUCGCAAGCACACCCACCUCUUCCUCAACCUUCUGGGCCUGAUGUUGUCCUGUGGCAUCCCUGAACUGUCAGACCUGGAGGACCUCAAAUAUGUGUAUGAUGCCCUGAGGCCCCAGGACACAGAGGCCAAUGCCACCACCUACUUCACUAGGUUGAUUGAGUCCAGCCUGGGCAGUGUAGCCACAAAGCUCAAUUUUUUCAUCCAUAACCUGGCUCAGAUGAAGUUCACGGGCUCAGACGACCGGCUGACCCUUUCCUUUGCCCCCCGAAUACACACUCUCAAGAGCUCUGGCCGCAUCAGUGAUGUUUACCUCUGUCGCCAUGAGAAGACCUUCCAGCCCAAGGGCUACGUUUAUGUGGUAAAGGUGAUGCGAGAGAACGCUCACGAGGCCGCCUAUAUCCAGCGGACGUUUGAGGAGUUCCAGGAAUUACACAAUAAACUGCGGCUGCUCUUUCCUUCUAACCUUUUGCCCAGCUUCCGGACUCGCUUCGGGAUUGGCCGCUCGCGGGGAGAGGCGGUGGCCGAGAGGCGGAGGGAGGAGUUAAACGGCUACAUCUGGCACUUGAUGCACGCAGCCCCAGAGGUGGCGGAGUGUGAUUUGGUGUAUACCUUCUUCCACUCCCUGCCCCGGGAUGAAAAGGCCGUGGGCACUAGCCCAGCUCCCAAGUCCUCAGACAGCUCGUGGGCUCCGCCCAUGGGCAAGGCAGGAGGGGAGGUGAAGUUGUCCAUCUCCUAUAAAAACAGUAAGCUCUUCAUCAUGGUGAUGCAUAUUCGGGGCCUGCAAGUGCUCCAGGAUGGGAGUGACCCUGACCCUUAUGUGAAGAUUUACCUCCUUCCUGACCCUCAGAAAACUACGAAGAAGAAAACCAAAGUGGCCCGGAAAACCUGCAACCCCACCUACAAUGAGAUGCUGGUGUAUGAUGGGAUCCCCAGGGGAGAUCUGCAGCAGCGGGAGCUACAGCUCAGUGUGCUGAGCGAACAAGGAUUCUGGGAGAAUGUUCUCCUUGGGGAGGUGCACAUCCGCCUUCGAGAACUGGACCUGGCCCAGGAGAAGACCGGCUGGUUUGCGCUGGGAUCUCGAAACCAUGAGACCUUGUGAGCCCAGCAGGGCCCCAGCUCAGGGCUCCAGGCUGGGGGUGGAGCUGGGGGUGAGGACUCACCCCUGCUCUCCUGGUCCUUCCUUGUGAAGGGGCAGAGCCCUCGGUGGGCCCCCCUGGCCGUGGAUCAGGCCUCGGGGAUAGGAGGCAGGGAGAGAAAGAUGCCCUCUGCCUUCUCCUCCUCUGCAGACUGAAUUUGGGUUGGUUGUGCUGAGCAGCCCCUCAGAGGUGGUGAGGUUGCAGCAACGUUUUAAGUUUACCUUGUGUCAAGGGAGCAAUGCCUGGUUUGGGUGUGUGGGGUGGGCUGUGUGAAGUAGUAUUUUGGGGGAGGGUGGGUGGAUAUCUUUAUUUUUAUUUUUAAAAAAUGAAAUAGUAACGUUGUCCUAACUGGACAGGAAGCCUUGUGAGAAGGGACUCACAUACGCCUCAGAUGGCAAACGAGGACUCUUUGGACUUUUUGUAUGAUUAAGGUUCUUAUUGGACUUUUCCGUAGGUUUUUGUUUGUUUUUGUUUUUCUAUCUGGGGAGGGGCCCAGUGGGUCCUCGGUCAGGGCCCUCCCUCCGAGGGCAGGUCGCCGAGGGGCAGAGGGCUGCGCCUGCUGGACCCAGGCCUGCGCCAGUGGGCCUUUCUGAUUUUGCCUCCAAAGGAGAGCGAUGUGAUACCUGCGUGUGUGCAGAAGGGCCCUCAGUGUGGGGCUCGGCACAGGGCCAGGGUCAGGGACCUGUGCUCUUCCGGGAGGAGUUUUUCCUCUCAGCUUCCCCUGCUUUGCUAGGACCUGCCCUUAAUACUGUCUUUUACCCUUCCGUUCUCUCGGCCCUGCUGGGGACAUCUGGUCCCCGUGAAUACGCUGGGGGUGCUCCCCCAUAGGUCUCUCCCUUCAUCUUUUUCUGGUGGAAUAAUAUGCUGCCUCUGCCCUUAGAUUUCAUUUCACCCAAUAGCAUCUGGGCCCUGGGAAGGCCCUUUGGCUGCAGGUGCCAGCUUGGCCCUGUCGCCUGUCACACCACUUUCUUUUGUGCUGCUUCUCCCUCAAACUCCAUUUCUGUCACUUUUUUUUUUAACAAGAAUUUCCCUCAUUCUAUGGGGCCAUAAAUCAUCUGAUCUGGAGCCAAAGAAUGCCCUAACUGAAGGAAAGGGGCGUGAGAUGGGGGAUUCCAUCAAAACGCUUUUUUCCAGUGACUUUAUUUGGUCACGAGGAGGUUCGAUUGGAGCAGCGAUUGAUCUGGGGCUGAGCUGGAGGGGAGACGCUGGGUCCCAUCUCUUAAUACUCUUCAUUCCCUGCCAGACGGAUUUGAAAUUCACUCUUGUGUUUCUCUCCAAAGGGGUGUCUUCCUUGGGAAAAAGAGGGUGAGCCUUUGAAUUUCGUAUGAACUUCUUGAACCAGAAUUGGCUGGAUGUGCCCGUAGCUGGGGAGGCAAGUGGAGCAGGACGCAGUCUGUGCACCGUCCUGCCCCAGCUUCCUCCCUGCCCCAGGGAUCAGAGAUGACCCCUUGUGCCAACUCAUUCCGUAACUGGAGAAAGAAGCUCCAUUCAGUGCAGCCACAGGACGGUGAGGAAGUCUAAACAGAUAUUUUAAAUGAAAAAUGCCAAGGAUAAAAUGGCUCCUGUGGGGAGGGUCUAGGGGAGUGGGGAACAGGGGUGGAACUUCUCCAGAUGAAUGGACCAUAGAUGCGCCACUGGCUCGUGGCCUGUAGCUCAUUCUCUUUGACCCUCUGUGCCCCUGAUCUAAAGAGGUCUGUGUACUGUACCCACUUCCCACAUGUCCUUGUAUCUCCUCCUUUCUGUGGAAUUGUAUUUUCUAAUAAAUGACAUUUGACAAAAACAAAA